AUGCCUCCCACUACCCCAACUCGUUCGACCGACGGCAUGCUGGGAAUGAGCGUUUCUGAGACACGCCUACUUCUUAACGCACUCAUUUGCUUGGAUGACCAGACCGGCAAGGUCGAUUUCCACCAGCUCGGGGCACGUUCAGGUAUUACACUCGCCUCGGCCCGCACCAUGUACUCAAAGGCACUGCGUAAGCUGGAUCGUCUCAACCCCGGGCCUGGCACCGACUCUGCUACCGGCCAGGCCUCUCCUUCCGCUGCCCGUUCCCCUGGCCGUCCCCGUCAGCGCCAGGUUGAAACUACUAGUGCGACUAGUGCGACUGACACCGCCGAGCCUGAGGGCACCGAGCACUAG